AUGAGUUACGUAAAAAGGCUACUUUUUUUUGUGGUAGUAGUAUCUUCCUAUAUAAAAAUAAAAAAAAAGGUCUUCCAAAAAAGAUCUAAUAUUAUUAACAUAUUUGCAAAAGGAAACAAAGGGAAUAAACAGAAUUUGUAUCUAUUUUUGCUAGAUUUCAAAGGUACGGAGAAGAAGAAGAGGAAAAGAAUUUUUUUAAAGUCAUCAUUAAUAGAUGAAGAAAAAUAUAAUCUUAUAAAAGGCAUAAAGAAAUACUGCGAAUGUAGUAAAAGGUAUAGGAGAUUACCAACGAGGGAAGUUACUAUUGGAAAUAUAAAAAUUGGGGGUAAUAACAAAAUAGCUAUUCAAACCAUGACCAACUGUGAUACAAGAAAUGUAGAAGAAUGUGUAUAUCAAAUUAAAAAGUGCCAAGAUUUGGGUGCUGAUUUAGUUAGACUAACAGUUCAAGGGGUUCAAGAAGUAGAAGCGAGCUACCGUAUUAAAGAAAAAUUAUUAUCUGAAAAUGUAACUAUUCCCUUAGUUGCUGACAUACAUUUUAAUCCAAAAAUAUCUCUAAUGGCAGCUGAUGUGUUUGACAAAAUUCGCGUGAAUCCAGGGAAUUACGUAGAUGGAAGAAAAAAAUGGAUUGAUCAAGUAUUCAAAACAAAAGAAGAAUUUGAUCAAGGUAAAUUAUUUAUUAAAGAAAAGUUUAUUCCUUUAAUUGAAAAAUGUAAAAGGUUAAAUAGAGCCAUACGAAUAGGAACAAAUCAUGGAUCCUUGUCUUCUAGAAUGCUCUCGUACUAUGGAGAUACACCUUUAGGUAUGGUUGAAUCAGCUUUUGAAUUUUCAGAUUUAUGCACACAAAAUAAUUUUUUUAAUGUCGUUUUUUCUAUGAAAGCUUCUAAUGCAUACAUAAUGAUACAUUCCUAUAGAUUACUAGUUUCUAAGCAGUAUGAAAAAAUGAAAAACGGGUUGUUAUUCCCUAUACACUUAGGUGUAACAGAAGCAGGCUAUGGGGAUAAUGGAAGAAUUAAAUCAUACUUAGGCAUAGGGUCACUACUAUAUGACGGAAUUGGAGACACCAUUAGAAUUUCUCUCACUGAGGACCCUUGGGAAGAAUUAACUCCUUGCCGAAAAUUAAUUCAAAAUUUAAAAAAAAGAAUGUUUUAUCAAGAAUCAGAAGAUAACAUUUUACCAUCUACGCUUGGAAAUACCACAACAUCUUCGCUAUUAUCCUUUGAAGAGAAUUUUCGAAAUUUCAACAGUAUAACCAAAAGAAACGUAGAAAAGAAAAACAAAGUACUACACGAAGAAUGCACCAUCGGAAACGUAAUCACUGUAAAAGAAUUAGAAGAUGCUCUUCAAAUUUUUAAAGAUUUGAAUUUAGAAUUGGACCAAAAUGGAAAUCUUAAAAAAGGGGUCAAAUCAACAGACAUAAUAAUUAUACCGAACAUUGAUGAAUUAACAGACAGAGCAAAAAGGACAAUUGAAAAAUUGACUGAAGCAGGGUUAUACAUCUUCGUAGAAUAUGAUGAAAGAAGUGUAAAUGUGCUUAAUCAAGUUAAAGUGAACCUAAAUAAGAACAUAUUAUUUUACAUCGAUAUAAAAAAUUUAAGGACCAUUUUAGAAAAGCAUAAUGGUCGGAUUCCACUGCAAAACGGAGAAAAUGGUUAUGCACUAACUGUUAACGGAAAAGAAGACUCUAAACUGAUAGAACAGGUGAUGAAUCAAAUUAAAGAAUCAAAUUCACGUCCUAUACUUUUCUUCUUAAAAUCGGAUAAUAUAUAUGAACAUGUACUUGUUACGAGAAGAUUUAACGAAAUUGUAAAUUCAUUAAAAAUAAAUAUACCUUAUAUACACUAUGCUAAUAUUAGUUCUACUAAUUAUGAUGAUAUACUGGUAGAUUCUACAGUAUAUGUUGGGACGUGUUUAAUCGAUUUAAUGGGUGACGGACUUAUAAUUAAUGUUACAAAUGAUCCUGUUAAUGUAAAAGUGGAAAAUAGAGAACACAUAUCUUCUCGAGUUGCGCUCAGUUCAUUUAUCACUCUAAACAUUUUACAAGAUACACGUAUUCGUUUAUUUAAAACUGAUUAUAUUGCAUGCCCAUCUUGUGGCAGAACCCUUUUUAAUAUUCAAGAAACAACGAAAAAAAUUAUGAAACUAACUGGACAUCUAAAGGGAAUUAAAAUUGCUGUCAUGGGUUGUAUUGUUAAUGGUAUUGGGGAAAUGGCGGAUGCACAUUUUGGUUAUGUGGGAAGUGCUCCUAAAAAAAUUGAUUUAUACUAUGGUAAACAAUUGGUUGAGCGAAACAUACCCGAGGAAGAAGCUUGUGAUAAACUUAUUCAGCUCAUUAAGAAGCAUGGAAAAUGGAAAGAUCCAUAG